GUCGCCGCCUGAUUUACUCAGGGAUCAAUCGUAAAGACAAAUGCUGUGAUUGCGAUGGAAAAAGCGGGAUGUAAGAUAAAAACAACACGAAUAAUAUUACUGCAAACAUCGACACGUCCGCGCGCCUGCAGUGCUGGACUUUAAACGCGUUUUGAAGGAUAUAAUCUUCAAUUUGAAGCUCGUGUUUGUGUACAGUUUGUUUGAUGUUAGCAUGCUAGUUUAUCUAGUGGUUAUAUGAGUAUUGUUUCCAGCACCAGCUCGAGGACAGCACGCGCUGACAGACAUGUGUGUUUACUGUAGUAAAGCGGUGUAAAGGUGUGUUUGUUCGGGGAUUGGAGCGGAAUGGCACCGCGGUGGAUCGUCAUUUUCGUGGCUUUACUGUGCGAGUUGCAGGUGUGUGUGUGUCGGGAGGUGACUCUUCCUGCCGGGCCGCUGUACCGGGUUGCAGGUUUCUCGCUGUCUCUACCCUGCACCGUUUCUGCAUACGAAGGGCCGCGGACGCAGGAUUUUGAGUGGUAUCUGUACCGUGAGGAUGCUGGAGGGCGGCAGAUCGGUGUGGUGUCCACGCGAGACACCGGGUUUCCAUAUGCACCGUUCCUAAGCCGAGUGCAGUCCGGAGAGGUUCGGGUGGAGAGAGACUCGGACGAUAAAGCCAGACUGAUCAUCCAGAGGCUCCGAGCGGAUGAUCAGGGCAGAUACGAGUGUUACACACCCAGCACAGACACUCACUUCCUAGGGAACUACAGCUCGUCUGUCACGGUCAAAGUGAUUCCAGACACUCUUCUGAUCACACACUCUCGUAUUCUGAGCGGUCAGCCUGUGAUUGAAGGGACGGAGCUGCAGCUGACCUGUGCGGCGUCUGUUCAGUCGCAGCAGCACACGCACGUGUCCGUGACGUUUGGCGUCCGCAGCAGCAGAGAAACCGAAUCUCAGGGCCACAACCUGCGAGAGAUCAUGGGCAUCGACCGCGAGCUGCGCGUGACUCCGGGCCACAGCGGAGGAUUCGCCAAACGCCACCGAGACGGAGAGAUCGCUCUGGAGAAGCGCAGAGGGGAUGGAGGACGAGAUCUGUACACGCUGAAGAUGAGCGCUCUCGCACCUGAGGAUUCUGGGUCGUAUUUUUGCGAGGCUGCGCAGUGGAUUAGAGAUCCCGAUGGAAAAUGGGAACGAAUCGCAUUGAGGACCAUGGAGCUUGGGAAUCUCACUGUUCAACCACUUGCGGACUCCCUGACGGUGCGCUCUGUGCCAACGGGCGUGGUGUCUCUGCAGCCGGGUGCUCCUCUGUCCCUCAGCUGUGUGGUUUCGGGUUUGGGCUCCUGGAACCGCUCUGCGCUGCUCGUGCAGUGGAUGCGGCGUGGAUCAUCGGGUGGUGUGGAGGUGGAGCUAGCGCGAGUCGGGCCUGACGGGGUAGUGCUGUGGGGUGAUGAUGCCAGCCGGGCGGGUGGAGGCAGCAUGGAGAGAGAAGCUGAUGGGAAAUUUUCUCUGCGGCUUUUUUCGGUUCACCCUGCAGACGCUGGACUCUACCGCUGUGCCGUGAGCGUGUACGCCGGACGGAAAACACCAGGACCGGCCAGCCCCGCUACCGUAACCCAGAGGUCAGACUGGGUCACCGUUAGCCUGAAGACUGAAGAGGUGCGAGUGUCUGCUGUUAUUGAUCUCCCACGCCGGCCGCUCCUGAAGCGUGGCAGCACCGUCUCCAUCUUCUGCAACGUCUCCAUCUGGUCCCGCACUCCCGCACGGGUGGCGCUGCAGUGGCGUCACACACCUGAGGAUCCGCUCCAGAAAGACAGAUCAGUUUCUGCGGACAGUAAAGGUCAAGUCCUUGCCGCUUUAACCCACGAUGGCCUGACGCGCAUCUACAGCAAUGGCAGCGAUCUGAGUGUGGAGCGAGUGUCAGAGAUCUGCUACCGGCUGCGGGUUUUCUCUGCCGAUCAGCCGGAUCAGGGACUCUAUCAGUGUGAGGCGCAGGUUUGGGCUCAGGAUCCCCGCGGCGGAUGGUACAACACUGGAGCGAGAGCAGAGUCCACCACUGCACGCCUGUAUCUAUACGCACGAGUCACGGAUCUGCUGCUCAUCCCGCUGGUGGUCGGCGUUUCGUCUGCGCUAUUUGUAGGAGUUUUAAUAAUCGCGACGGUGACCUGCUGCUUCAUGAAGAGACUGGCCAGACAGCGCUCACGUGUGCGGAAAUAACACACACACACACACACACACACACACCAGACUCUAAACAUUCAGUGACUUGAACGGAUGAAGAAACCAGGUUUAACACAGGUAUUUGUGAAUGAUGUUAUGCAUAUUAGCCCAUACGCGGACGACAGCAGAUGCAUAAACACAGACACCUGUAGAUUCACUCAAGCUGUGAUUAUGGUGAUUUGCACUGUUUCCACUCUCUAAAGUUAAUGAAUUGGGAUAAAAGCCACUCUCACAGGGUUUAAUACAGAUAAAUCCACAGACGUCUGGCACUGAGAUCACUGUCUGUCAUUUAUAUCAGUUCCCAAUGGUAUGAAUGUGCAUGUAAUUCAGUGUGAGAUGAACAAGAUACUCGUUGCUAUGAAAUACGUUUAUGGCAAGAUUUUCAGGUUUCCCACUCUUUUGUGUCUGAAUGAAAAGCUGACUGUGUUUUAUUUGUCACAGUGACGUGUUUUUGUAGUUACUCAUGAGUCUUACAUUGUGAAAGAUAAAUUUCACAAAAGAAAUGGCCUCAUCGUGUUAUAUCCCCAAAUCUCAAGAAACAAGA